AUGAACACCUCUGCUACUUUAUCUAAAAAUAAUAAAAAGAAUACUACAUUAAGUUGGCGUUGGUGGCAAAGGAAUAUGACAGCUUAUAAUAAUAAGAAUUAUGAUAAUACAACCAUACCGCCUAUCAUAACUAUUCAACAAGACGACAGGUAUGAUGACUAUGCUUCCUCUGUUGCACAGUCUUCUUUAAUAGUGCAAUAUUCAAUUCGUUCUUCUGUUAAUACAGAACAGGAUGAAGAAAUAGUCGGUUCUACUGCUUCAAUUAAAAGUAAGCCAUGGAUUUCCAAAAGGUAUUACAGCAAUAGCGUAUCUAAUGAUGACGAAACAAAAGACUAUCAUCGUUCGUCAUCAAAAAAGAUAUUAUCUACAGUUGUCGACAAAGAAAAAAGAGAUUAUGAUCGUCCUCAACAACAAAAUUCAGAAUCAAACACAUUAUUUUCUGGUAUUAAAGCAAAAUUAGGUAAAUGGGUACUUCAACAAAGAAAAUAA